CGAGGAGCCCUCCAUCCUUUGAAAAUUUAAAGCGAUCAUCACGGGAUCACGGGAUUAGCCUUCCAUCCGCAUGGGAUUAGCCUUCCAUCCGCAUGUCAUGCACCCCUACGCAUGUCCUUUAGGAUCCUGAUUUCAUCGCCACCACUGAUCCGUGAAACAAGCCUUGCCAGCCGCCGUCCUCUGACUCCUUCGCCUGCUCGAUGCCGGUGUCGCGCCGGAGUGUGGUGCGACGCGGGCGCCGCAGCCGCCGGAGCCGCUGUCCUCUGGCUCCAUCGCUCGCAGACGCGCGCGCCAGGUUCCUCGGCAUCGUGUCUGCACGCCGGUGUCGGACUGCGGCCACGCGGGGACUGCAGCCUUCGCAGCCGCGGCACCGGUAAGCAGUAAAAUGGAACCCCGACGACCUCCUCUCUGUAUUCUCCUAUGGCUUGGACCCUAUCAUGCCCUAUAUCACCGGCGAUUCCCUCGCACAGUAACCCCGGCCACCAUUGUUGGACAAGCCCGAGCUAAUGCAUAUUAGUCCGUGGAUGUAUUUGUAAUUUGGUUGAUUCAUAUUGGCCCUUGCCAAACUUAAAGAAAACACCCUGUUGGGGAUGCAUCUUACAUACUAGAAAACACCGAUGCAUCUUUCCUGUUUGACAUUUUCAUUCGUUUGUCUUUCAGCCUCGAUUUCAGUUCUUGGUAUGCAAAUAUAGGUUAAUAUGGACCAUCGGCCACCCCUACGUGAUGUCACCAAUCAACUCGGCGGACAUAGCGGACAAGGCUUGAAAAGAUCAAGAGCGCAGACGGACGCAGCACUGCCUGACGAUCAUAGUCAUGUUCUUACUGUGUUGGAAACGAAACGUCAAAAGGCCAAAGAUAGGUAUGCAAAGUUAACUGUUGAGCAGAAAGCACAAAGGAACGCAAAGAGAAGGGAGGCCUACGCAAUGAAAAAAAAUGCGAGCCGUUCGACUGAGAUGCAUACCCUCGUAGCUAAUUCUGGCGACACGUUUGCUACACCGGUUUUGGCCAUGCUGCCGUCCAACAACACAACAUCAGAUAAUGGUGGCGAUUUUUACGAGAAGACACCAGAAGAACUGAAAAGGGAGAGGGAUAGGAAGAGAUAUGCUAACAUGUCUGAGGAUGCAAGAAGGAGAAAAUCUCUAAAAAAAAUUUGGCCCGUAAUCUUAAUAAUAAUAUGCCAUCUAGAAACUUGAAUUAUGAAGGUAAUUAUGUAGUAUUUUUAGUUUUACUUCUGGGAUGUUAAAUAUUUUAAUUAAUCCACAAUGGUUUAUAGAUUCGUUCUCAACUUCAAAACUUAUUGGAUCUGCUCAAUCUGUAUUGACCAAUCUUCCCGUCACCCGAAGCGCAUCAAAAGGUAUUUCAUUUGUGAAUUCCAAUAUAAAUGCAACUUAUGAUUCUGCUAUUUGGGAUUCCGAUAAUGCUCCCGAUGCUCUAGAAGAAGAAGAUUUGGAUUGUAGACAACCGGAUGAAUACGAUCAGACAACUUAUGAAGACGAUGAAGCCAGGGUAUUCCACGAACAAGCUGAUGUACACUACAAGACUUGUAGGGAUCCUGAUGUGAUACCUAUAAACAAUGAAACAUAUGAUGCAGUUUAUAAGGACCUGCCUACUACACAUUUUGUGUUACGCAAGGUUCCUAUCUGCGAGUACUGUGGAGCAAAAAGGUUUCCUGGGGAAGGUCCUGGAUUCUGUUGCAGAAAGGGCAAGGUUAGUAUAUUUAGUGCCCCGAUUCCUGAUGAACUACGACGUCUGUUCACAAGCCAGAAUGAUAGCGACGCGCAAUAUUUUAGAAAAAAUAUUCGGUACUUCAACUCACAUUUCUCGUUCACCAGCUUUGGGGUCUCUAUUGAUCGACGUGUGGCCACUGCUGCUGGUACUGGGGUUUACUGUUUCAAGGUGCAUGGACAGAUUUACCAUAAACUCGAUCAAUUGAAGCCUGGAGGAAAUGGACCACGGCAUAUGCAGCUCUAUUUUUAUGACACAGAUCAGACUAUGGCACACAGAAUCAAGUGGUCUCCGCAUCUUGAUUCAAAGGUGUUAAUAUCCGUAUUAAGAAUUCUUGAUGACAAUCCAUAUGUACGGGUGUUUAGAAGUUUGGGACAAAUGCAGAGAUUGGACGAGUUUAAGAUUGAGCUAAACACAAGUAUAUCAGUUGACCAACGCAGAUACAAUGCGCCUGCAAUGGAGCAGGUCGCUGCUAUUUGGGAAGAUGGUACUGAUGAGAAACAAAAGUUUACUCGGAGUAUUAUGGUAUAUCCAAAUAGUGGACACCCGCAUUUCAUAAGGGCGUAUUAUGGAUGUUAUGAUCCGAUGGCUUAUCCGGUAUUGUAUCCUAGGGGUGAGACUGGUUGGGAAGACAAGAGUAUAUUACUCAAACAAAAUCCUGUUAUACGCUUUCCUAGAAAGAAAAGGAGCUACACUAAACGGAAAUAUAAAUGUUUUGUCCAUCUUAUUUUUUUUCAAGUGAUGUUGCUGUUAUUUUUUAGAUAUAUAAUCGGGUAUAAUAUAAUUCAUGGAAAAUAUGCAGCUGUGGUUUUGGCUACACCCAGGGGAUCAAAAAGGACUGUUGUGGAUCUAAAUCCAGACAUUGAUGAUCACGAAGAUGGUGAUGGUGAUGACGAAACACAUGAGCCUGGUGAUCAGGAUGGAGGUGAUGGAGGAUCACGCAUUCACGUAAGUGCUCGAGAAUAUUACACAUACCUCAUUCAGAUUAGAGAUGGUGUUUUUGUUAUUUUCUUUUAUGGUGGCCGGCUAUUCGAACAAUGGCUUGUUGAUGUAUAUGUGAAAAUUGAAUCCAUGCGUUUGGACUGGUAUUCCAACCCGGAACAUCAGAAAAUGCAUGGACCAUGUGGUGUUCUUAACAAAAAUUGUGGAUGCAUGGUAGAUGGAGCAUGUCGUUUCAAAUAUCCUUGUCAGUUUUGUGAGGCUACUCAACAAGGGAAAGACACAUAUCCUAUAUAUAGAAGGAGACAAGAUGGACAAAAGGUUUAUAUCAGGAAAAAUGGUUGGAUAACCGAUGGGUUGUUCCAUAUAACCCUACCUUACUAAUGCGGUAUAAUUGCCAUAUUAAUGUAGAGGUGUGCUGCAGUAUAAAGUCUAUAAAGUACAUCUACAAAUACAUAUACAAGGGAACUGACUGUGCAUCGUUUGCGGUCCAGGACAGUGGAGAGGAUGGUCUUAUAGAGGUUAAUGAGAUCAAGCAGUACAGGAAGGCUAGAUGCAUCACAGCUAUAGAAGCAGUAUAUCGGUUGUUUAGAUUUCCGAUGUACUCCGUGUCACCACCUGUCUUGCAAAUGCAGGUGCACCUCCCUGGUAUGCAUAUGGUUCCAUUCAAUCAUGAUGACAACCUUGAAGAUGUUCUUGAGCGAGCUAAAUUCCAGAGAUCAAUGCUGACUGAGUUUUUCAGAAUGAAUGUGGAAGAUCCUGAAGCACGAAAAUAUCUAUACCGAGAAUUCCCGGAACAUUAUACUUGGAAUAAGUCUAAGAAACUUUGGAAGCCUAGGAAAAGACGUUUUCAGAUCGGUAGGCUGGUCUAUGCAUAUCCUUCUGAAGGUGAAAGAUAUUACCUAUGAGUGCUUCUAAACCAUGUCAGAGGCCCAACUUCAUUUGAGUCAAUUAGAUCUGUUCGUGGGGUAGAGAAAGCAUGUUUUAGAGAUGCAUGUGAGGAACUUGGCCUUGUUGAGACUGAUAGGUCUCUAGAUGAAGCACUAACUGAAGCUACAGCCUUUCAAAUGCCUUCUGCUCUUGGAAGGAUGUUUGCCACCAUUAUUGUGUUCUGUGAGUACACCAAUAUUCGUGUUCUAUGGGAUAAACAUGUGGAAGCUUUGGGUGAGGACUACCAUCGUGUGCAUGCAAACUCAGCAUAUGUUGAGCAAUUAGUGCUGCGUGACAUAGCUGAUAUUAUACGCUCUAUGGGAAAGGAUAUUAAAAGUUAUGGUCUUCCUAACAUCGAUGAAUCAGAUCACACGACCAGGGACCACUAUAGAGAGCUUACAGAGGAGAGAAAGAUUGAAGUUCGGGAUGAGGAUAUGAAAUUAAUAGAAACUCUGAAUUCGGACCAACGAGCGGGUUUUACAGAAAUACUUCAUCAUGCUGUUAAUAAUAAAGGAAAAAUCUUCUUCGUGGAUGGUCCAGGUGGGACCGGCAAGACGUACCUAUAUAGGGCAUUAUUAGCUAAGGUUCGGUCAAUGGACUUGAUUGCAGUUGCCACCGCUACGUCUGGUAUUGCUGCAUCAAUUAUGCCUGGUGGUCGUACAACUCACUCCAGGUUCAAAAUUCCAAUCAAGCUUGAGGAAAAUUCUGUUUGCAAUUUCACAAAGCAAAGUGGAACAACUACUCUAUUGCGUGAGGCAUCACUCAUCAUAUGGGAUGAAGUUGCCAUGACACGGAGAUAGUCAGUUGAAACUCUGGAUAGAUCAUUGCAAGAUAUUACUGGAAGGUUUGAGCCAUUUGGAGGCAAAUUCAUUGUUUUUGGAGGCGAUUUUAGACAAGUCUUACCGGUUGUUCCUAGGGGUACUAGAGCACAGAUCAUGGAUGCCACAUUGUUACAGUCGUACAUAUGGGACAAUAUAAAAAUUAUCAAACUACAACAGAACAUGAGAGCUCAAAGUGAUAUCUGGUUCUCGGAAUUCUUGUUACGCAUUGGUAAUGGUACUGAAGAAAGUUUCGCCAAUGACUACGUGUAACUUCCAAACGACAUAUUGAUUGAGUAUGAAUCUGAAGAAUCAAUUCACAUACUGAUUGAUCGUGUCUUCCCUGACCUUGAAUCCAAGUGGACUUCAGCAGCGUAUAUGCGUGAGUGUGCAAUUCUUUCAACAAGGAAUGAACAUGUGGACUCUCUCAACGCUUUGAUGAUUGACAAGUUUCCUGGUAAAGAAAAAGUUUACUAUAGUCAUGAUUCUGUUGAUGAUGACUCCCAUAACAACUAUCUCCUUGAUUUUCUCAACUCAAUAACCCCAAAUGGCCUUCCUCCUCAUGAGCUUAAAAUAAAAAAAAUUGCCCGAUUAUACUUCUUCGCAACAUUGACCCUCAUAAUGGACUGUGUAAUGGUACUCGUUUGGUUGUCAAAGGGUUUGACAACAACGCAAUUGAUUGUGAGAUUGUGAAUGGGUAAUAUGCUAGUAACAAGAUUUUUAUACCUCGUAUACCGAUGUCUCCAUCAGAAGACAUUACACUUCCGUUCAAAUUCAAACAAAAGCAGUUUCCAAUCAGAUUAAGUUUUGCCAUGACAAUUAACAAGGCACAGGGUCAGACCAUCCCGAAUGUUGGUAUAUACCUCCCUGAUUCAGUAUUCUCACAUGGUCAGUUAUAUGUGGCGCUCUCCAGAGGAGUAUCGAGACAGACAACAUGGUUGUUGGCUAAACCUAACAAGGAUGCUGAUCCUACUGGUAGAAGAACAAAAAAAUAUUGUAUUCAGGGAUGUACUGCAAAGUGGAUGAAGGAUGACAGGGGAAAACGGCACUGAUGAGCUAAGUUCUCCACCGGUUCGAUUUUAGGCUCUAUCUGUGUGUCUAUGCUGAUGUUAAUCUAACUACCCUGUUCAUGGUGCAAUAGUUGCUGUUUUGCCUACUCGGUAAUCGAUAUGCCAGAUUAGAAAGAAGGAAGACCUGCUGAGAGUUGAACCAUGAUCAGUGCUAUUUAUGAUGGUUCAGCCGCUAGAACUAACAUGUAAUAAUAAUAAUGAUAUUGUGACAGUUUGGAUUAGAUGCCUUUUUAGUAGCUCCCCAUGGUAUGGAUAAUUGCUAUAUGUGGACAAAUUUCUCUCCCUUUGCUGGACUUUAUUUGAUCAAUACAAAAGUCGGUCAUGCAUGUUA